AUGGAUGAGGAACGAAUUAAGAUUGUGGUCCACCAUAGUGGAAAAUUUUUGACUGAUGAUAAUGGUGUGUUUAAAUUUGAUGGAGAGAUAGCAGAAUGGAGUGUUGAUGCAGACUUGUUGAGCUAUUUUGGCAUAGUUGCCUCAGUCAAAGAAUUAGGUCAUAUGGACAUCAAAGAAUUAUGGUAUGGUUUUGGAGGUCAGUCUGUGCACCCACAUAGGUUAGAGUUAUUAACUGAUGACAAGGGUGCCAUGCAUAUGUUGAACAUUGGUAGGUUAAAUGAAGAAGUCCAUUUGUAUGUGGUUCAUAAUAUGGUGGAACCACAAAUAAUAGAAUUCAUUGAUUGGGUUGGUGGUGAAGAGGGUUAUAGUGUGGAUGUUGAGGUGCAUACUGAAGGUGAUGGCAAAGAGGGUGGUGAGGUCCAGGUUGAGGGUGUUGAGGGUGGUGAGGUCCAGGUUGAGGGUGUUGAGGUCCAAGUUAAGGGUGGUGAGGUCGAGGAUGAGGUCAAGGUUGAGGAUGCUGAUGUGGAUGAGGUUCAGGAUGGUGAGGUCCAGGGUGAGGUCCAGGUUGAGGAUGCUAAUGUGGAUGAGGUUCAGGAUGGUGAGGAGUUACAUGAGGUCCAGGUUGAGGUCCAAGGUAACCUCCAUCAUGUAUACUUCAGAACUUUAAUAGUUUUUAUUUCUUUAUUUUAUGACAGGUAUUGGUCACAAUGUGACACUCUUGUCAACAACAUGUCUGAAGCCUUUAAUAAUGUGUUAGUAGAUAGUAGGUCUAAGCCUAUUAUUAGCAUGUUAGAAGACAUUAGGGUAUACAUUAUGAAGAGAUGGGCUGCCAACAAGACAAAGAUGACACAAUAUCAUGCUUCAAUCUGCCCUAAGGUUUGGAAUAGAUUUCAAAAGGAGUCUUCCUUAGGAAGAUAUUGGUUACCAAGGUGGUCAAGAGAGAAAUUAUUUGAAGUCAUGCAUAUUUCAGAAUUUGGCAACCAAUUCGUUGUCAAUGUGGACACCAUGGACUACACAUGUAGAAAAUGGGCAAUUAAUGGCAUUCCUUGUGCGCAUGCCAUAACAUCAAUGAAGUUUGUGACCAUCAAUGCAGAAGAUUACAUAACCCACUGGUUUAGAAAGUCCACUUAUGAAGAGACUUACAACAGCAUAAUUUACCCUAUCAAUGGUCAACAUAUCUGGGAGGUAACACCCUAUUCAGAUAUAUUACCUCCAAAGAAGAAGAGAAUGCCAGGAAGGCCUAAAAAGAAACAAAGAUUGGAGGACUGGGAGUUGAAGAAGAAUGAUAGUGAGUUAAGAAAGGGUGGUCAGAGAAAAAAAUGUGGUAUAUGUAAGGAGCUUGGUCACAACAAGAACACAAGGCACCCAAGGUCCACCAACAGAUGUUCCACUUACCCAAGAAUCCACUGUGAUGGCAACUGCAAGUGGUCCUCCUCAACAACUAGACCCCACUGUGAAUGA